AUGGUAAAGAUUUAUGAUUUCCUCAAGAGUGAAAUUGGACUAAUAGACAAGCUUCAAGAGGGAAUUAUGUCAGAAGAUAUCCCACAAUGGGCGAAAGAUUUGAAAGUUGACAAAGUGAUGAGGCGAAAUAGUGUCAAUGGUGGUAAAUUGCCGGAUCCGUUUGGAAUAAAGAAACUAGAGAUCGAAGGACAGAAGCCCCCUAAGGUGAUAGAUCAUGACGCUCAAAAUCGUAUAGCCAAACUCACUGCAGAACGGGCAUGGCAGAUAUCUUCUGAGCCUCUCAAAUCUGUUCCCAUGAAUAUAAUUAUGUCAUAUAUGUCUGGUAACAGCUUGCAAAUUAUUCCUAUAAUGACUGCUGUGAUGUUGGUCUCAAAUCCCAUCAAAAGUAUCUUAGGAGUUAAGUCAAAAUUUCAACAUUUAAUCAACAAAGAUAAUGAUGUAACCCCGCCUGUAGUUGCAGCCAUGAUUAUGUACGUGAUAUACCAAUUAAUCCUCAUGGGAAUAGGUUUGCAUAAGUUGAAUUCAAUGGGAUUGUUCCCAACUACGUCAAGUGAUUGGCUUGCUUGGCAACAACCAACGGAGUAUUUAUACCGUACGUUAAGUAUUUAA